CUCUUUCUUUGGCAUAAACGUGGCUCUCCUCCUCCUCCUAAGCGUCGCACAUCAGCCGUGGACACAUUUCACAUUUAAGAUCGACCAUCGACGGUUCAGCUGGGGUUUCCUCUCCCCCUCCCACGUGUUUGUCGCUCGUGUUCCGUUAUUUGUCUUUUACGUUGAAAAGAACCGUUAUAUAAGCGGAGUAACGGUCCAGGGAUGAGACCCGACGUAGUUGCGCCCUAACGGCACAAUAGUCGUGUGCUGUCUGGAGGCCACAACGCUGCGCUUUAUGGACCCUAUUUGUAAUGUGAUCGGCGUUCGGGAGCCUUUAUCAUAGCGAUUUAGCCGGCUUAAAGGAGCCACUGCCAAUGCCCGUCUUUUUUUCUUCCUGUGGUUGAUUUGAAGUUAGCUCGACAGCUAAACAGCAAUACGCCGCGCUUCUGCCGGUGAGUUGUCCGCGUGCGCAGCGGAAUGACGAUGAGGAUGAUGGUGAGCGGAAACCUGCACGCCGUGCUCCAUGGCUCCCGUUAAUUGCCUUUUACAUGACCACGUUUUUGUUAUGAUUAAUGCUGCGGUGUGUGCGGAGACCCGUUAAGAAAUCAUCCCCUGGGCGAAGAAUGAACGGGCCCGUGCCGUAAAAAAUAUGGACAACAAAGAAUAAGGCGACCCGACCAAGACAGCGGGGUGUCAGAUCAAGCUUUUCUUUUUUAUUUUAAGUCAGCUAGCAAGCUUGUUAGCGGAUUAGCCACACGGCCCGGACAGUAGAGAGAUCUCUUCGUCCGUCAUUUGGACUAUUUCCUCCCUUUCCCAGCGCUUUUUUAUUUUUUUCCGUUAUCGAAGCGACGCGCAAUGAUGGGUGCUCAGACCGAGGAUGUGGAGCCCAUGCCGGGAUACUUGGAGCUCAUCAGCCGAGCCUCCAGCGUCAUGUUGAAAGCGUGGAGAGAUUGUAGCCAGUGCGGGCUGGAGCUCACAACGCGGACUCUCCUGGAUCACGCAUACAUCACCUGGACCGAGAUCGCUCUGUUCUUCUUUUGCGCCUUUUUGUGGACGCAGAUCAGACGGGGGCUGACAGAAAGUCUGUUCGAGCCUCUGGCACAAUGGUGCAGGUUGCUGCCCAAAGAUGCCGCUAAGAUGCCAGAGAGCGCGUGGAAGCUGGUCUUCUACACCAUGUCGUGGUGCUACAGCACCUACUUGCUCUUCUUCACCUCCUACCCUUUCUUCCACAACCCACCCUCUGUCUUCUACAACUGGAAGAGUGGAAUGCCAGUGCCUAUAGACAUCGCCAUCGCCUACCUGAUCCAAGGCAGCUUUUACGGUCACUCCAUCUAUGCCACCGUCUACAUGGACGCCUGGAGGAAGGACUCUGCUGUCAUGGUGGUGCAUCACAUCAUCACUCUGGCACUUAUCUCUUUCUCCUAUGCCUUUAGAUACCACAACGUGGGCAUUCUGGUGUUGUUCCUCCAUGAUAUCAAUGACAUCCAACUGGAAUUCACCAAGCUCAACGUCUACCUGAAGUCCAGAGGAGGAGGCUACUUCCUGCUUAAUGACGUGCUCGCCAACAUGGGCUCGGUCAGCUUCAGCAUCACCUGGUUCUGGUUCCGUCUGUACUGGUUUCCCCUAAAAGUACUGUAUGCCACCUGCGUGUCUGUCCCCAACAUUCCAUUCUACUUCUUCUUCAACACUCUGCUCCUCGCCCUGUUGCUCAUGAACAUCUACUGGUUCUUGUUCAUCGUCAUCUUCGUAGUAAAAGUGUUGAAGAUGAAGGAGGUGAAUGACGUCAGGGAGUACGAGGAGGAGGAGGGCGCCAAGGCAGCAGCGGGCCUGCUCCGAAACCCUCAGGCGGCGGCCAUAAAUCACGGCGAUGAUCACCCCGAUGAUGAUGCUGGACAUCACAACACUGACCAGGGGAAGCACGUGCAGAACGGAAUCGCCAAGGAGAAGCAUCUAUGAACGGAUCUGAGGCGCGCCCACCAGGCAGGAGGCCGCGAGAGGAGAGGAAAACCACCACCCCCAACACACACCCACAUUUUCAAGUCUUCUAUGUUGUUUUUACUCUAGCACUGUGAAUGUUAUCUCGUUGAAGCAGUGAGAAACAGACCGUCGGCGUACGAGGCGUCACAUGUUUUCUUUUUCCUCCCACUUUUCCCAAUCAUCCAAUCUCUCGCUUGUUGAUUUUGAUUCUCAUCGCACGGGUCGCCGUGGCCUCCUGCCUCCAUUAGCGACAUUAUUGUGUGUGAGUGUGAGUGGUGAAUGGAUACCGAGCGAGUGGGUGCAACUUCACCUCAAUUUAACUUGUUAAGCCCCCUCCUGGUCAGUGUGUGUGUGUGUGUGUGUGUGUGUUGCACUGAAAUGAAGGCCAACAAGCUGACUGCUGCUUUAAUGACGGCAACUAGCUGGAAGUGAUUAACUUGGGUUUUAAAAUUGUUUCAUUUUUUUCGUGUGUGCGAGGACCUAGCAGACGAACUGUUAAGGAUCAAAAUCAUGAUUUCAAAACGAGGCUAAAAAUAAAAAAAAACAAGUAUGCACAAGUAUUCAGGAAUGCAUGACAUUGGAAUGAUUUUGGGAACAUGCUAUGGAUUUUGUAUAACAAAUGCGAGGAGAUCUCGCAAUGUAAUCCGGGUUUUUCUUUGGAAAGGAGCGGUCGCUCCUUCGGACGCAUGCGAUUUGCACACAAUACAGAGAAGGAAAAAAACAAAAAAGGUGCCUCGGUACCUCCGACCUUGUCGAUCAACUUCGAGCUCUUGUUUUGAAAACUCAGCAUGCUUGUAAGUGCUGGAGCGGGGCGCGCACUUUUGUCUCUUGUUUACCUUGUCAUUUCCAUCAUUCCUACAAUCGCUACUCACAAGAAGUGAGAGGAAUAUUUUACCUUGAGGUGAAAUUUCAGGAUGAACCUAAAAUGCACAAGAACCUUUACAUGUGAAUUUCAUUUCAAUCUCGAAACGUUUGAAUGUCCAGCGAGAGAAAAACAAAUGAAGUUAAAGUGGAAAGGUACUUGUGCAUUUUAAGUUCAACCCAAAAUUUCACCUGAAAACCUAAUAAAUAUUCCCCCACUAUUUUUAUUUUGUGAGUAGUAUAAGUCAGUGUUUUAGUUCAGGGGUAUUGUUUAUUUGUAUCGAACUGCUGCUGUUUAAUUCUCCUUUUUUUUUCUCUGAGCACACUGUUCUUAUUAUUUUAUUUUAAUUUUAUAAUCCUCUCCUGUCCUGCGCUGGACAGUCUGAUGUAAUCAGACAAGAGGGGGACCGGGGAGAGCGGACUUGUUCUUCCGUACGGCCACGCGGUCACACACAUCACGUCACGUCAUCUUUUUCUUUUUUGUCAAGAAUGCCCGUUCACGUGUCCGCGGGUGCUGCCUGUCAAACGUCACAAUGUCGUAUCCCGAACUGACUGUGCUGCAAGAUGUGAGAUUACAGUUAAAAGCCGCACAGACACAGUGCGAAUCCAAGCAUGGGCAGUGGAUAGAGGAAGUGGACACACCAGGUGUAAAAAAUAAAAUAAAAUACAAAGAAAGUUUUUCCCUGAUUCAAAAUGAUGUUGAUAAGCAUUCAAUAUGCAUUUUCUACGAAAAGCUGGAGGAAAUGGACUGGUUUUAAGCAUUCAUUUGAACCACUACCCCUGAACCAUUAACCCACUUUUUUGUAAUUAUUACAAAGUAAUUUAUCGUGUUGUCAUUUACAAAAAAAAAACCUAAAAAAAUGUAAUGUUUUAAUUGUGUUCACUUUCUCUAUCCACUGUCUAGAUAAAACCACCAUGUCACCUCAUCCUUUUCUCAAGUGGACGAACCGUGUUAUGUUUUUCAUUCUGUGGCUGGCAUGUGUUCAGCAUGCCAGGCUGCUGUGUUGGAAAUCAGUGAGGCAUUUUGUGGCAGGGUUUUUUUUUCCUUUUUGUUUUGUGCAUGUUAUUGCUCAACUAGUUUAGUCAAACACAGUUAACUCAUCCUUUGAGGAAUUGGCCCAGGAAGUGACAUAAUUACUUGAAAUGAUCAAAACAAGCGGAAUCCAGGAUUUUUUUUUUGGGGGGGGGGGAAAGGGGGAUACUAAACUCACUCAGUAAAGUCACACGAAAGACAAUGUGAAAAUACAGAAAUGGAUGGAGUUGGAGAUACUUCAAGCUUGUCCAUUUUGAUCGUGAUAUGUGGCACAAAUAAAAUAAUACAAAUAAAUGGAUGUCGGGAAGAAAAAGAGAAAUGUAUUGGUACCCAAGCAGCCGUGAUUUUUCUCUUUUGUUAGACUGCAAGUGAAAUGAAAAGCUUUUGAUUGUGCCAAAAUGUCCACUCGUAACGUCUAAUCAUGAGUUGGGAAGGCUGCACGUCAGGCUGAAAGCCCUGCAAGGUCUUUGUUGUUUUACUAUAAAGAAAAUAAUAAAAAUUGCACUGUAAUUUAUUAGUUUUUUAAAACAAUCUUUAGUUAGAUCAAACUAGAAAAGGGAAGAGUGAAUUAGGGGUAUUUUUGAGACCUUCUUUUGAUGUUGGAUGAAACAUUGUAUUUUAAUCAUUCAUUUUUGGACGACUGAUACACAGCCCUGUAAAACUUAAUUGUCCACAAUUCAACCACUUGCUCUUUUAUAGAAUAUUGGAUUUUUUUUGGUUUAUCCCCUAAAAAUAAAAAGGUGUCCAGUAAGAAAAUAUGAAACGUCUGAGUUAUUUCAUGAUUUUUUGUUUUUGCAAGGAUAAUUAUUUGGGUGCACCUGUGACCAGUUUUGACCAGACACAUUGUGAUGAAAGUAUGGCAGUCGUUGAGAGCAGAUACUUUGAAUCCAUUACAAUGUAUUAAAACACUCAUUGGAAUAGUAAAUGCUCAAUGUAAAAAUUGUCAAGAUCACUUGAUGUCCCAAAAACAUGAGCAAUCGACACCAAAAUUCAAAUGCUCAUUUCUGUCCUUGCUCACUUGAACCUCUGAACGAUCGCCCCAAUAUUUUGUAUUUUGUGGACAUGAAGGCCAUUCGUCUCCAUAUGCGCUCAUAGAUGAAAAGUUUAAUGUCCGAAAACUACAACCAAUCGUCACCGAGAUUUACGAGCACAUCUCUACUCAUGCUAACUUCAACCUCGUACGAUAUUAAAUCAAUCCCCCCUUUUAUUUGAAUUUUUGCGGAUGUUAAUUAUUUCCUCUCCACAGGAGAAGCCUUACGUUGCUUUAUGUUGGAGAACUGCAAGAAUUCAAUGCAGUGGCGGAACCCUCAGGGCCAGCAAGGCCUUCUUUGCUGGACUAAACAUUCAUUCAAUAACAUACAUUUAAUUCAUGUUAUUUUAUUUUCAUAAAUAUGUAAACAAAACUUUUCUCUGUAUUCUUUACGUCAUAUUAUUUCCACUUAGUCGAGUGUCUUUCAAUGUUAUUUUAAAUAACAUUGAAAGCCACUCGAUAAAUAACUUAUUUAUUAUGGUAGAUAUUUUAACCAAUCAUAUUUCAGCUAGCUUGUGUUGCCAGGUAAAUGAAACUUGCUCAGGACCUUCAGAUUAAACAGAGUAGGCCCUUGGAGCUGUAAAUGAACGGGUACAGUCAGAUUGCAAUAGCCAAUCAGAUCACGAGUCUGCGCACCGGCGCCAGCUAGAAUGCCUUACAUCGAGACUGGACGUGCGCGUUCGGUGAUUGGAUUAGCGCCAGCUAGAGGGAGCUAUCAUUGCAUUUUAACCCAAAAUGGCCGAAGAAGAAGACGUUGAUCUGGUUGCAGAACUACUUUUCACACAAUUUUCAAGACGGACCUUCCACAAAAAGCAGACGAGCAAUUAUGAACGGCACCGUGGCUCACAGCCUUUGAGAAACGCUGCAAAUUGUACUGCUGGGAAUGCCGAUUGCUUGCAGCGGACCGAUUUGGUGUUUGGAGCCACACUGGAUUUACCCAUUUAAGUUGUUUUACCAAGGCAACAAGGAAACAUCAGAGCACGGCGGGGCACUUACAAACUACGGUGCGUUUAAAAACGUUUGGGGACACUCGCGUAGAUGUGCAGCUCAGUGAACAGGCACUACAUUGGUGAGUAAAUGAAAUUUAUUUUACAUUUCUUCUUGUCAUUUUAUUUCGUUAGUAUUAAAUUAAUGGUAACGAA